AUGCCGGAAACCAGUCAUCACGACUUCGCAAACUCUCCAGCCAGUAGCCAAUUGACCCGACACCUUCGUUAUAGCUCUGAGCUUGUUCGCUCACCAGAUUCGCCAUAUUCCCGGCCACCAAUGCAGUUCACAACGCGCGAGGCCGAGCUCAUCAAGAACUUUACCGAAAACAUGGCUUUAUGGGCUGAUGCAACAGAUGUACAUCGCCACUUUGAGUUGGAAGUUCCCCGCCGGUCGUUGUACUUCCCUGUGCUGCGUUAUGCAGUUUUUGCCUUCUCUUCGCGUCACCUGAAUCGAGAUAAGGCAGAUACGUCGACCGAAGCGUUGGAGUACUAUAAUUCUUGUCUGAGUGUCUUGAUAGAAGCGGUUGACAAAGCGAGUGGACAUAUUGAUGAGGAAACCCUUGCCGCCAUCGCUAUACUACGGCAGUACGAAGAGAUGGACACGGAAGAUAUGGAAAUGCACCUGACAGGAACAUCCAGGAUCGUCAACUCGAUGUCAGAGUUUGACUUCAAUGGCGGCCUCGGUGAGGCCGCAGCAUGGCUAUGUCUACGACAAGACAUCUAUGUAUCGCUAACAAGAUUGCGGCCUUUGAGAUCAAACCUUGAGAACUACCUCCAAUCUGAUAUCUUUCGACGCACCGACGACGCAGCCUACGCAAACAAGAUGGUUUACCUUCUUGCGCGAUCUCUGGGUUCCAUCUACCCAUCCGAUUCAUCUAUCUCUAAUGAGAGCUUGGAGAACAUUCGACUAGAAGUUGAUGGUUGGUUUGACUCCAAGCCGGCUGCUUUCAACCCAAUCCUAGAAAGUGCCAGGAAUAAGGACGGAGGGAAUUCAUUGCCUAUUAUUUGGGUUCUUUCACCUUUUCAUUCCGUGGGCUUGCAAUACUAUCAUAUCGCCAAGAUUGUUCUGGCCAUGUCUUUCCCUAUCGCUACAGACUCGGUCUUUGAGCAGAUCCGAGAGAGCAAGAAGGUCGAGCGAACGAUUCGAAGCCACCUUCUCCAGGUAAUAGCAUUGGCAAGCUCUCAUGCAAAAGCAGAGAAUGCUUUGUUCACAGCUCGACAUUCAUUAUCCAUUUGGGGCAGCGUCUUUACCGAUAGGAUAGACCAAGAUAUGGUCCUCGACUUCUUGCGACACAUACAACAGAAGACUGGUUGGCAAACAGAGUCAUUGAGCUCAUCAUUGCAGCAACAAUGGACGCAAGACUCGAAUGAGGACUGA